CCGUCGCCGCCGCCCGUGCCUCCGGCUCCUCGGAGCCCCAGCCUUCCGCUCUGCCCCCACCCGCCCGCUUUCCCCCCGGAGAAGCCGGCGUCGGGUGCCGCUCCCUGCCCCACGCUGCGCACCUUUAGGUGCCUCUCCCCUCUCCUCCUCACCUCGGAGUCUCCCGAGUCCCUUCUCCCAUCCACCUGUUUCCUCCAGAAGGCAGGAUCCUGGUGCCUGCUACGUUCCUGGGGCCAUGGCAGGUCUGGGCCCCGGCGGAGGAGAUUCAGAGGGGGGACCUCGACCCCUGUUUUGUAGAAAGGGGGCUCUGAGGCAGAAGGUGGUCCACGAAGUCAAGAGCCACAAGUUCACCGCUCGCUUCUUCAAGCAGCCAACCUUCUGCAGUCACUGUACCGACUUUAUCUGGGGCAUUGGGAAACAGGGCCUGCAAUGUCAAGUGUGCAGCUUUGUGGUUCACCGGCGAUGCCACGAAUUCGUGACCUUCGAGUGUCCAGGAGCUGGGAAGGGCCCCCAGACGGAUGACCCCCGCAACAAACACAAGUUCCGCCUGCACAGCUACAGCAGCCCCACGUUCUGCGACCACUGCGGCUCGCUUCUCUACGGGCUGGUGCACCAGGGCAUGAAGUGCUCCUGCUGCGAGAUGAACGUGCACCGACGCUGUGUUCGCAGCGUGCCCUCGCUGUGCGGCGUGGACCACACGGAGCGCCGCGGGCGCCUGCAGCUGGAGAUCCGGGCUCCCACCGCCGACGAGAUUCACAUCACCGUUGGUGAGGCCAGGAAUCUCAUUCCUAUGGACCCCAAUGGUCUGUCUGAUCCCUACGUGAAACUGAAGCUCAUCCCAGACCCUCGGAACCUGACGAAACAGAAGACUCGGACGGUGAAAGCCACGCUCAACCCCGUGUGGAACGAGACCUUUGUGUUCAACCUGAAGCCUGGGGAUGUGGAGCGCCGGCUCAGCGUGGAGGUGUGGGAUUGGGAUAGAACUUCCCGAAAUGACUUUAUGGGUGCCAUGUCUUUUGGUGUCUCAGAGCUGCUCAAGGCCCCUGUGGAUGGAUGGUACAAGUUACUGAACCAGGAGGAGGGUGAAUAUUACAAUGUGCCGGUGGCCGAUGCUGACAACUGCAGCCUCCUCCAGAAGUUUGAGGCCUGUAAUUACCCCUUGGAAUUGUAUGAGCGAGUGCGGAUGGGCCCCUCUUCCUCCCCCAUCCCUUCUCCAUCGCCUAGCCCCACGGACUCCAAGCGUGGCUUCUUCGGGGCCAGCCCAGGACGCUUACAUAUCUCCGACUUCAGCUUCCUCAUGGUUCUAGGGAAAGGCAGUUUUGGAAAGGUGAUGCUGGCUGAGCGCAGGGGCUCCGAUGAGCUGUAUGCUAUCAAGAUCCUGAAAAAAGACGUGAUCGUUCAGGACGAUGACGUGGACUGUACCCUGGUGGAGAAGCGUGUGCUGGCUCUGGGGGGUCGAGGUCCUGGAGGCCGGCCCCACUUUCUCACGCAGCUGCAUUCCACCUUCCAGACCCCAGAUCGCCUGUAUUUCGUGAUGGAGUACGUCACCGGAGGCGAUUUAAUGUACCACAUUCAGCAGUUGGGCAAGUUUAAGGAGCCCCACGCAGCAUUCUACGCGGCAGAAAUUGCCAUAGGCCUCUUCUUCCUUCACAACCAGGGCAUCAUAUACAGGGACCUCAAGCUGGACAACGUGAUGCUGGAUGCGGAAGGGCACAUCAAGAUCACUGACUUUGGCAUGUGUAAAGAGAAUGUCUUCCCAGGGACCACAACCCGCACUUUCUGCGGAACCCCAGACUACAUAGCGCCUGAGAUCAUUGCCUACCAGCCGUAUGGGAAGUCUGUGGACUGGUGGUCUUUUGGGGUCCUGUUGUAUGAGAUGUUGGCAGGACAGCCGCCCUUCGAUGGUGAGGAUGAGGAAGAACUGUUUCAGGCCAUCAUGGAGCAAACUGUCACCUACCCCAAAUCGCUCUCCCGGGAAGCUGUGGCCAUCUGCAAAGGGUUCCUGACCAAGCACCCAGGGAAGCGCCUAGGCUCAGGGCCAGAUGGUGAACCCACUAUCCGAGCGCAUGGCUUUUUCCGCUGGAUCGACUGGGAGCGGUUGGAGCGACUGGAGAUCGCGCCCCCGUUCAGACCUCGUCCGUGUGGUCGCAGCGGCGAGAACUUCGACAAGUUCUUCACGAGGGCGGCGCCAGCGCUGACUCCCCCGGACCGCCUGGUCCUGGCUAGCAUCGACCAAGCGGAUUUCCAGGGCUUCACCUAUGUGAACCCCGACUUCGUGCACCCAGACGCCCGCAGCCCCACCAGCCCGGUGCCCGUGCCAGUCAUGUAAUCUCAUCUCCCACCACUAGAUGUCCAUAUUGCCCCCCCCCUCCGCCUCGCCGGCUGCAGCCCCCCCCCCCCACCAACCUCACUCUCCUCGCUCUGGAUUCUAGAUCCCACACCCCAGUAAUUCUGGCCUUUAGCUCCCACCGGUUCUUAGACACCUUUCCCAAGCGCCCUUGGCAUUCUAAACAGCGUCCAGCCUCUAAAACCGUCCUGUGUUCCAGAGUCUGCUGGUCUGAGCCCUGUGUUCUCACAGCCCCCCAACAACAUUCCGGAUGCUGUUCCCUGAGGUCCCAGAGCCACUGCAACCAUCCCGACUCCGUGGGGGUUCUAGCCGCCAACUUGGUAGUUUUAUGCCUCUCCUCCCCCACCCCACCCUGGAAAACAGUCUGCUCCAGACUCUCGUUCCAGAUCCACCCCCAUCCUCCGAGGCCCCGCCCAUCUCCACUUCAGUUGUAGAGUAAGUGGGAGGCUGGGCCCAGCGUUCCAGGCCUCCUCUCCUCCACGUUCUGGGGAUCCCUGGCAUGCACGGAGGAUCCUUUGCCAUCCCGAACCCAUCACCGGCUCACCUGCCUCGUGCAUGGCUCCAGUUUUGCUCAGAACCACCCCCUUCUCCUCCUCAGUGCCUGCCACUCUCUGGGACUCUCUCCUCUCCCCCUCCCUCCCCGCCCCCUUGGGUUAGUUUCUCCCACCCGGCCACAGCUGCUGGGAAAUAAAUUUGGGAUGCUGAUGCUGAA